AUGAGCCACUCCAACACAAGAGGCAUAUGUACCGCUGUGCUACUUACAGCGGUUGUCACAGCCUCGCUAGUCGAAGGCUAUCACCGCUUCGUUAAAAACAAAACUCAAACACAAUCAAAAUCUGCUGCAAGACCUCAACCCCAACGCGAACACUCGGAAGAGUUGAUUCGUGAACAGUUAGCUCGUAACUAUGCUUUCUUAUCGGAGGAUGGUAUGCAAAAGGUGCGUGAUCAAAGAAUAGUUGUCGUCGGUGCUGGUGGUGUCGGGUCUUGGGUUGCCACAAUGUUAGCUAGAUCUGGUGUUGAACACCUUAGAAUUAUCGACUUCGACCAAGUUUCCUUGAGUUCCUUGAACAGACAUGCAGUUGCCAACUUGAAGGAUGUGGGUAUCUCUAAAGUGGAGUGUUUGAAGAACCAUUUGCUCCAAAUUGCACCAUGGAUCGACAUUCAAACCAGAAACCAAUUAUGGAAUCUUGAUAGUGCUGACGAAUUAAUUUUUGGUGAUGACUUUCAGCCAACAUACAUUGUGGAUUGUAUUGACAACAUUGAUACCAAGGUUGAUUUGUUAGCAUACUGCCAUGAAAAGAAGUUGCAGGUGAUUUCAUCUGGAGGUGCAGCAUGCAAGGCAGACCCGACUAGAAUCAACAUCAGUGACAUUUCAAAAACAGAAGAAGAUCCACUCUCUAGACAAGUUCGUGUAAGAUUGAAGAAGAGAGGUGUCAUCACCAACAUUCCAGUUGUUUUCUCUGCUGAAAAGCCUGACCCAAGAAAGGCCCAAUUAUUACCGCUUUUGAAUGAAGAAAUAGAGAAGGGCUCAGUUGACCAACUAGCAGCUUUGCAGAACUUCAGAGUUCGUAUUUUACCCGUUUUAGGUACCAUGCCCGGUAUGUUUGGUCUUGCAUUAGCUACCCAUAUUUUAACUACAAUUGCUGGCUACCCCACUGAACCUAUUGAAGGUAAAAACAGAUACAAAAUCUACGAUAGUAUUCUUCAAAGUUUGGCUGGUCAACAAUCGAGAAUUGGUAAAGUUGAUCAACGUGUCCCUAUCUCUUUGCAUGAUGUCAGCUACAUAUUGGAAGAAGUUUUCCGUGGCAAGUCUCCAAUCUCCGAUUACUCAUCAAGACUUACAUUGUCAAGAUGGGAUCCAAGCAAGGAACUUUCUUAUCAAAAUGUUGUCGUUUUGACUAAGGACGAACAAAAGAUUCACGAAGAGAAGGUCUUAAAUGGAGGUCAACCAUUGGAAGAAGUUUAUUCUUCAGAAGUCUUACAAAAAGUUGAGCAAAGAUUUGCUCAAGAACGCUAUUAUUCUCAGUUCCGUUAG